UUCAAGAAGAGAGCUGCCUCUUUAACACUAUAAGUAGAAGCUUUCAUCCAUUGCCAAAACACAAAACCAAACAUGAAGUCACCAAUUAUCUCGUUAGCUUAUAUUUUUGUUGUCUUGUCGUUUGCCCGGGUAGCUUCUGCCUGCAACUAUGAAGAUUUUCUCCAUUGCCUUUCUUUUCAUUUUCCCAAUAGCUCUUCAAUUUCAAAGAUUAUUUACACUCCAACCCAUCCUUCUUACUCUUUAGUUUUGAACUUCUCAAUCCAGAACCUAAGAUUCUUGGGUGCCAAAACUCCAAAGCCUCAAAUAAUUGUAACGCCAUUGGAAGCUUCCCACGUUCAAGCAUCCAUCAUUUGCGCCAAAAAUAAUGGUUUGCAAAUACGAACACGUAGCGGUGGCCAUGACUAUGAGGGUCUUUCCUAUGUCUCCAACGUUCCUUUCGUCGUUGUUGAUUUGACGAAUCUUCGGUCCAUUGACGUCGAUGUGGAACAAAAGGUUGCUUGGGUGCAAUCCGGAGCCACCAUCGGUGAACUCUACUAUAGAAUUGCAGAGAAAAGCAAAACACUGGGGUUCCCAGCAGGGCUUUGCCCGACAGUCGGCAUUGGUGGGCACUUCAGCGGUGGUGGCUAUGGUGUGAUGCUACGAAAAUUUGGUCUUGCUGCAGAUAACGUGAUCGACGCUUACUUCAUUGAUGUCAACGGUAAGCUCCAUGACCGAAAAUCAAUGGGGGAGGAUGUGUUUUGGGCCAUUAGAGGAGGAGGAGGAGCAAGCUUUGGAAUUGUUCUUGCAUGGAAAAUAAAGCUCCUCCAAGUUCCAYCGUUGGUGACUGUUUUCACAAUCACAAGAAACUUGGAACAAAACGCAACCAAUUUAAUAUACCGGUGGCAAUAUGUGGCCAACAAGCAAGAUGACAGACUUAUCAUCAAAAUUAUAUUAAUGGGCACGAACUCAAAUAAUCAUCGAAAUGGAAAAAGAACAAUAGAAGCAUUUUUCAACUCAUUGUUCCUUGGAAAAGUCGAAGAUCUUCUUCCCAUCAUGCAAAAGACUUUCCCAGAGCUAGGGCUGAUGAAAGAAGAUUGCAUAGAAAUGAGCUGGAUUGAAUCUGUUCUCUAUUUUGCUGAAUUUCCUAGAGGGCAGCCAUUAAAUGUCCUUCUCGAUAGGCGUUCGACUUUCAAAGGUUCAUUCAAAGGCAAAUCCGACUAUGUAAAUGAGCCCGUCCCCAAAGCUGGGCUCGAGGGUAUAUGGGAAUUGUUCAACGAAAAAGAAGCUAAAAUGGUACAAAUGUUUCUUAUCCCUUACGGUGGAAAAAUGAACGAGAUUUCUGAAUCGGAGAUUCCCUUUCCGCAUAGAGCUGGAAAUCUUUACCAGAUUCAUUAUUCCAUAUAUUGUGGGGGAGAUGAAGAACAAAGAAAUAAAAUUUGGAUCCGUAAGUUUUACAGCUACAUGGCUCCUUUUGUUUCAAAGAAUCCGAGGGCUGCAUAUAUCAAUUACCGAGACUUGGAUAUUGGAACGAACAACGAAAAUGGGAAUACAAGCUACGACAAAGCAAGUAUAUGGGGAGUUAAAUACUUCAAAGAUAAUUUUAAGAGGUUGGUUAGUGUAAAAAUUAAGGUUGAUCCUUCCAAUUUUUUUAGGAAUGAGCAGAGCAUUCCAUCUCGAUGGUGGAAGAAAGGGGGACAUGAGGUGUUUUGAGAUAUGAUUGGAAGCAAUUCUUAGGAUGUGUUAUACUGAGAUGAGCACAAUGGGGGUUUUCUACUUUGGUUUUGUAGUUUAUGCCUUAGAAAAUUGCUACCUUUGUAUUCUAAAUGUUCAUAUAUCAUCAAAGACAUUUGGUUUUGUAGUUUA